UACAGGUUACGUGCUCGUCCGGUCUUGGAUCCUGGGACCAUCUAGACCCCACUCCCCACACCCCAGUAUGCUACGGCCGCCUAGCAACAUAGUUAUUAGAAGGACAUAUAACAGGAAGAAGCCAAACCUCGCAACUAUGGCGAUGCGCAGAGCGUCGCUAGUGGCACUGCUUCUUGUAUGCGCGCUUUCGGUCGCGUAUGCAGCUGAGAAGCUGAAGACUGUGAAGGAGCUGCAAAUUGGCGUGAAGUUCAAGCCUGAGAAGUGCGAGCGGACCACUCGCAAUGGCGAUAAUGUUCACGUUCACUACACGGGCACGCUGACCGAUGGCACCAAGUUCGAUAGCUCCCGGGAUCGUGGCACCCCCUUCGUCUUCAGGCUGGGCGGAGGCCAGGUGAUCAAGGGCUGGGACCAGGGCCUUCUGGGCAUGUGUGUGGGCGAGCGCCGCAAGCUCAAGAUCCCCAGCCACAUGGGCUACGGAGACAGCGGCUCGCCGCCCAAGAUCCCCGGCGGUGCCACGCUGAUCUUCGAUGUAGAGCUCAUGAAGGUCGACUGAGCGGCGAAGGAGGGAGGGAACGGUAGAGGUGCACCAUGGGAGCGGCAACGGACGCCUUGACUGGGCUUGAGCGAUUGGUUUCCAGGCGAGAUUGUGUUAAGUGGUCUUGGCGUGGUCGAGCUAGCCCAGACUGGUGAGCUGUUACAGUAAGAUGAAAGAGCUGUAAUGACCUGGAAAUGGUUCCCCGGCGGAUAGUUCAGAAGGAUGAGGCGAAGGUGCUGGUUGUAUAGAGUUCUCAGCAGUCCCAGCGCCCAAAUAGUUACCGUGAAGUGGU